AUGAUUUUAAUAAAAAGUUAUAUUUAUUCAUUUGGUAAUAGUGAAGAAUUAGAAUUUGAUUCAUCUCCGAUAAUUAUUCAUACAACUGCUCAUCAUUUAUCGAAUCGAUUAUCAACAAAUGCCGAUCAAUCUUAUAUUAAAGGAAAUCGAUUACAAUUUUUUUUUGCUUCACCAUCCGAUUCAAUUAUUUUCGAUGAUGAUAAUACAAAUGAAACAAAAUUUCAACAAACUGAACCUGAUGCUAUAUUAUCGUCUCUAUCAUCGUAUUGGUAUACUUAUAUAACAAAAUAUGCGCAUUCAAGUUUAAGUGUAUUAGCAAAUCAUUUUGAUGUAGAUCAUCAAUUUGAACAUGAUCAACAGACAAAACAUUUCGUUUUAUUAUAUUAA